GGCAUUCGACCAUCAGAUGGAGCGCACGUCUCUGGUCCUCAGUAAAGAAGUAGCAAGUGAAAACUAGUGCUGUGUCCAGUUUCGUAGUUCCAGAACAGAACAGGAACGAAAAUAGUGGAAAUGUAAAUAAAUGCAGACGACUGAAAGUCUUGAAAUUCGAAAGCUCAGCGAUAAGUGUGGACAACAGUGCGAUCACCGGUCGGUCGGCCACUUUUCAUUUUAUUCGUUUUGUGCAGAAAAUGUUUUUAUUUUUUUUUUUGGUUUUCAAGCUUGAUUUCUUAUAAUACCUAAAGGUGUCAUAUAUACUCUCUGCAUGCUGGCUGCUAAUUAAUUGGCAAAUAAACACGUCUAAGUGCGAAAUUGAUUUCGAAAACAAAAACGAGGCAUAGUUAAAAAGCAGUUGCCGUUGUCAUGCCGCAUCAUCACCAUCACCAUCAGCAUCAGCCGACGAGCAGCCAAAACAAUUUGACAUUUCUAAAAUCGAAUUACAAAUUCAAGCGCAGAGCGAUGUCGAUGGCCAUCCGCGCUCCUCCUGCGACGACCACGACGCCAGCGGAAGCGCGUAGAGCAGAUCUAAGCCAAAACACCAACCAAUUAGCGGCAACAAUGUCAAAGACGUCAGCAGCAGCAGCAGCAGCAGCAACAGCAACUAAAUUGGCAAGAGCAACUAGCCGCGAAUGUAGAACAAUUCUAGGUUUAUUUAUAGUAAGCGCAUGGAGCGCUUUGCAAGAGCUGGCCAAUUGCUUACGCCAGGAUGAAGAUCGCUCUUCUGGCCAUGGCCGUGACGUCAAUGCCUCGUCCGGUGGCUCUGAUGAGGUGUCAAUGGCACGUGAGCAACAACAACCUCGCCAGCACCACGUACCCACGGCCAGUUCUAGUCCCGCAGAAAGCAUGCGCUGCACGAGAGCAGCAGCAGCCGCAUCAACUGGCACCGCAGCAGCAGCAGCAGCAGCAGCAGCAGGAGCAGCAGCAACUUCUGGCCAUCAGUUGGGUGGACAGCCUUUGAUGGCUCUGUUAAUUGGAUUGCUGCUACUGAAUUUUCGCCCGGCGGCGGCUGGCACCUGUUGGCAGACGCACCUGGGCAGCGGGAAGUGCGGACAGGUCUUCUCCACGGACAUCUCGAGGUCGGAGUGCUGCGGCUCCAGCCAGAGCUUCUCCUACACGGAUCGCGAGCUGAGCAGCGUGGAGUACUUCUUCGCCACGGCCAUUGGAGGCGGCGUGGAGUGCUCGCCCUGCAUGGAGAGCUGCAAGGGCUUCAAGUGCGGCCCGAACAAAAAGUGCGUGAAGCGCAAGGGGCGGCCCAAGUGCGUUUGUGCACCCGAAUGCGGAGCUGCCCUGCGGCGCAGGACACAUCAGCAGGAGCAGCAGCAGCAGCAGCAGCAGCAGGAGCAGGAGUGGGAUGAGGAGCAGCAGGAGAUGAAGCCGCCCCGCGAGUCCCGUAGUCUAAGUAGCGAAAAUACCAACUUCAAUUUAGGUUUAGACGGCGGCCAACGCCAACGUGCUGAUAACCAAAGAAAGCUGCAGCCUCGCGAGUCGAAGCACCGCAGACUUUUGAUCAUAGACAGCAGCAGCAGCCGCAGCAGCAGCAGCAGCAGCAAUUUGCCAGAUCAGCCCACAAGUGGCAGACGCGGCCGGGUGGAGAUGACGGGCUAUGAGAGGCGCAGACACAGAAACAGCCAUGGCAAACACUUAACAAGAUCAAUGACGACAGGAGCCAAUGACUCGUUCCCGGCAGACAAGACGCCUGCGCAGUCGCCUGCCGCAGACUCAACCUGGGCUCAGUCUAGACUUGGCAACUUGGCAAAUGCUAAUGAACCCGCCAACGACAUUAAUAGACAGUCGACGACUCGAGUCAGACACCAGCAUGCCAGACGCAUCGAGCAUGCUCCAAAUCCAGACAAUGGGCUGAGGAAAAGGCAGCAGCAUAAGCAGCAGCAGCAGCAGCAGCAGCAGCAGCAGCCGCAUCAGGACCCAAUGGAUACAGAAGCAGAGUCAGCGAAUACCACUGUGUCUGGGUCUGGGCCAUCGAAUCAUCGUCGAAUCUCUCAGUUGAAACGCGGAAGUGAAAUGGCUGCGUCAUCGGAGCUCGCUAAUACCCAUGACUCGGCUCAUUUGGGCGGAAUCUACGCGCCCCUGCCGCCGCAUUCGAAUCCGGUUUGCGGCACCGACGGACGCACCUACAACACCGAGUGCCAGCUGCGCAAGCGCGCCUGCCGCACCAACAACGCCCAACUGGAGGUCGCCUAUCGGGGCCACUGCAAGAGCAGCUGCAGCGGAGUCCAGUGCUUGAGCGGAUUGACCUGCGUGGAGGACCAGCACCUGAUGCCCCACUGCAUCGCCUGCCGGAUCGAGUGUCCCUGGGACAACCUGGACGUGGACUCCAGUGGCUACGACGAGCGACAGGCCGUGUGCGGCGUGGAUGGCAAGACGUACAGGAGUGCCUGUGAUAUAAAUCGAAUGAUUUGCAAAAUUGGACGUUCCAUUGCCGUGGCAUAUCCGGGACCCUGUCGAGCAGGCCGCGUGAGCUGUGCGGACAUCAAGUGUGGGCCAAAGGAUAACUGCCUGGUGGAUCUGCAGACGCGCCAGCCGAGAUGCGUGACCUGUCGCUACAAGUGUCCCCGGAAGCAGCAGCGUCCGGUACACAAAAUAUGCGGCUACAACAACCAGACAUACAACUCGUGGUGCGAGAUGCACAAGCACUCCUGCGAAUCCCGCUACUUCAUCGGCGUUAAGUCGCAGGGCAGCUGCUAGGAUCCCGGAUGCAUCUCCCGACCACAUCGGCCUAGGGCGUAGUGUAGUGUUCAUCCGUAGCUCCAUCAUCCAAAGAUUCUCGUUGUGCGUUUUCGUGUUGUAAUCGGUGGAUGGGCCUGAGGCUAUUGCCCAAGCCAACCAAGCGUACACUACAUAUUAUCCGAUACACUUAACAUACAGGCAAAGUAUUAUCAACCAUACAACAUUACGUAUUGCAGCAAAUCUUAUCCAGCAUGUAUCGCAAGAGAAACCACAUAUCUUAAGAGGCUUUUGUAUUUAACAUUAACAUUAGGCUACACGGUAAUUAAUUUAAACGUUCGGUUUGUAUGCCCAUUAGGCUCGCAAUUAGCUUAGAACAACGUGUGCGAAGUCGUAUUUAUUUAACAUUACCUUCCCCUAUUCAUUUUGUUUGUAAGCGAAGCUAAAUUAAUUAAUUGACUGAUAGCUUAACCUUAUAGCAAGAUUUUUGAAUUAAUAUAUACAUAUAUAGAAUCGAUGUGUAUAUACAUACAUAUAUAUAUACAUACACUUAUAAAUAUGUUUGAGUAAUUGUUAAUUAAAUGUGUUUCCAACA